AUGGCGUACCAGCCUAGGUUUGCUGUCAGUGUGAUUGCAUUCAUGUUUCUGGUGUGUGCAUUAGCUCUAACCUCCGGGCAGGUUCGUUAUUCUAUCCCCGAGGAAAUGGAGCGAGAUGCAUUUGUGGGGAAUAUCGCUCAAGAUCUGGGAUUGAACGUACAGCAAUUGUCAGCUCGCAAAUUUCGACUGAGCUCUGACGGAGGACGGUACAUGAAGGUUGGUUUAAAUAAUGGGCUUUUGACUAUUCGUGAAAGAAUCGACCGGGAACGUAUCUGUGGACAGGCAGAUAUGUGUACUAUACCUUUCGAAAUAAUUCUGGAAAAUCCUUUGGAGGUGUAUCGCGGGGAAGUGGAGAUUCUUGAUGUAAAUGACAAUUCCCCCACUUUCCAGGACGGCAACAUCAUCUUACAGAUAUCCGAAGCAAUAGCACCUGGGGCACUUUUCCCUCUCAAGGGGGCGCAAGAUACGGACAUUGGUGUAAAUACGGUUGGUGCUUACACAAUCAGUUCCAGUGAAUAUUUUAUCCUAAAAACACAGAAAAGCGAGGACGGUAUAUUAAUUGCCGAGUUGCUGUUAGAGAAAUCUUUGGACCGAGAGCUGCAAUCAUCAUUUCAGCUAGUGCUCACGGCGACUGAUGGUGGGGUCCCUCAGAGAUCCGGCACAGCUCAGAUUCUGAUUACCGUACUGGACAACAAUGAUAACCCACCAGUUUUCGAUGAACACAUUUACAGGAGCAGUUUAAAUGAAAACGCACCCUUGGGAACAUUAGUGAUGAAAGUAAAAGCAAAUGAUUUGGACGAAGGAUUGAAUGCUGAGAUUACAUAUUCUUUCAGUGAUCUUGCCUCACCAAGAGUGCGUGAAUUGUUCAGUUUGGACCCGCACACUGGGGAGAUACGGAUUAAAGGAGCGCUAGAUUUUGAAGAAGUAAACAGUUAUUCACUCAAUGUUCAAGCUGCGGACCACGGGUCCCCUGCAAUUACAGGACACACCAAAGUGUUGGUCAGGGUAAUUGAUGUAAAUGACAACGCGCCCGAGAUAAAAGUGACGUCAGCUUCAAGCCAAGUCCCAGAAAAUGCUCCGCCGGGAACUUUGAUAACAUUAGUCAAUGUUAUCGAUCAUGAUUCUGGUGAAAACGGGGAAGUUCACUGUGAGAUACCGAAGAACGUCCCAUUUAGACUUCAGUCGUCGUCGCAAAAUUAUUAUAAAUUGAUCACCAGUGAUUCAUUGGACCGCGAGUCCGUUCCUGUGCAUAAAAUAUCAUUUGCAGCUUGGGACAUGGGGUCACCAUCACUUUCGAGUAAUAAAACAAUUCUAGUUGUAAUCUUAGAUGUAAACGAUAACGCCCCCCAGUUUGCUAAACCAUCCUACAACAUAUAUGUGAUGGAGAACAACGCUCCGGGCAUUUCAAUUUUCACAGUAAGUGCAACGGAUCCUGACCUCGACCAGAAUGCCCAUGUUUUUUACUCCUUUCUGGAGAAUCUUAACCAAGACUUCCCAGUGUUGAAUUACCUCAGCAUUAACUCAAUGAACGGCACCAUUUAUGCGCUGCACUCUUUUGACUAUGAGGAACUCAAAACUUUCCAAAUCUAUGUUCAAGCCCGUGACGCUGGAGUGCCCCCACUGAGCAGCAGCGCUACAGUGAAUGUGAUCAUCCUGGAUCAAAAUGACAACGCACCGGUAAUUGUUUCACAUUCAGCACAGGGUGGAUCCGCAGCGGUGGAGUUCGUGCCCCAGGCAGCGAGUAAAGGAUUCUUAGUCACCAAGAUUACGGCAACCGAUGCAGAUUCUGGCCAGAACGCACGGCUCUUUUAUCAGAUGCUGAAAUCUACUGAUCCCAGUUUGUUCAAUGUUGGGCAGAACUCCGGUGAAAUCAGAACAGCCAGAACUAUUCUGGAGACAGACACCAGCACACAUUCCCUCGUUGUCUUGGUGAAGGACAAUGGGCAACAAAGCCUCUCCAGUACGAUUACAAUCCAUGUUUCUGUUUUGGGGAACGCCACAGAAAGUCGUAACUUUGCAGCGCAUCCUGGAAAUAUCUCUGACCAAAAUGUUUAUUUAAUAGUCAUUUUGGGCUGCACAUCCCUUCUCUUUCUGGUGAUCAUCAUUUUGUUAAUUAGCAUCAAGUGUAAUCAGGACAGAAACGCUAACCAGGGGGAUACUUCUAACUGUUGUUACACACCUGGAGAUUCUCAGGACACUUUUAAUCGAAGAAUGGCGAUGGAGGAAACUUUACGCUAUCCUGGGACUGGCCGGCUGGUCCGUGUGCCGGAUGCGCACCAUUACUCGGUCUGUCUGUCUCCAGAAUCAGCGAAGAGUGAUUUUCUCUUUUUGAAGCCAUGCACCGUUCCCACGUCUCAGAUAUAUUUCUGCGAUGAUUUCGUGUUGACACCAGUUCUCCGGUUUAAUCGAACAGAGGCCUUGGUUUGGAAAAUAUUUCAGCGCGGAACAAUGGCGAGUUCGGCGAUUAACAGCGCCAUUGCUUUCGAGACCUGUACUAUCCUCAUUCUGGUAUGUACAAUGGAUUUGGUUGCUGGGCAAAUUCGGUAUUCAAUACGCGAGGAAUUGGAACAAGGAUCUUUUGUCGGGAAUAUAGCUCAGGACUUAGGUUUGAACAUAGCGCAAUUAUCCGCUCGUAAAUUUCGGCUAACGUCAGACGACGGUGGACAGUAUAUGAUGGUGAAUUUGGAUCAUGGGAUUUUGUCUGUUCGUGAACGAAUCGACCGGGAAUAUAUAUGUGGGCAAGCAACUGUGUGUACUCUGCCUUUCAAAAUAAUAAUGGAAAAUCCUUUGGUGGUUUAUCGUGGGGAAGUGGAGAUUAUUGACGUAAAUGACAAUUCCCCGAUGUUCGCCGACAGCACCGUUGCCUUACAGAUAGCCGAAACCAUUGCACCAGGGGUAAGCUUCCCUCUCGAGAGUGCGGAAGAUCCGGAUGUUGGAAUAAACACAGUCGCCGACUACACAAUUAGUUCCAACGAGUUCUUUAGCCUAAAAACGCAGAAAACCGAGGGCGAUUUUGUAAUUACAGAGUUGCUGCUAGAGAAACCUUUGGACAGAGAGCUACAGUCAUCCUUUCGACUGGUCCUGACGGCGUCUGAUGCAGGGACUCCUCAGCGAUCCGGCACAGCUGAGAUUCUGGUUACGGUGGUGGACAUCAAUGAUAAUCCACCUGUAUUCGACCACAAUCUCUACAAGAGCAGCUUAAGCGAAAAUGUACCCCGAAGUACCUCGGUGUUAAAAAUAAAAGCAAAUGAUUUGGACGAAGGUUUGAAUGCUGAGCUAACAUAUUCUUUUAGCAAACUAACUUUACCAAAAGUACGUGAUUUGUUCAGUUUGAACCCCCAAACGGGGGAGAUUCGGGUUGAAGGAGAGCUAGAUUUUGAAGAAGCAAACAGUUAUUCUCUGCAUGUUCAAGCCGUAGACCACGGUUCACCUGCAAUUGUAGGACGCUCCAAAGUGUUGAUCACUGUAAAUGAUAUAAAUGACAAUGCACCUGAGAUAAAAGUGUCAUCAGCUAUGAGCAACAUUGAAGAAAAUGCUCCGCCGGGAACUUUAAUAACUUUGAUCCAUGUUAUCGAUCGAGAUUCUGGAGAAAACAGUGAAGUGCAGUGCGAGAUUCCAAAGGAAAUCCCCUUUAGGCUUCAGACGUCGUCGAAGAAUCAUUAUGAGUUGAUUACCAGUGAACCAUUGGACCGUGAAGCUGUGCCUGAGUAUAUAAUACCUUUUGUCGCCUGGGACUUGGGGUCACCCUCGCUGUCAAGCAAUGCAACCAUUCAUAUUGUACUUUCAGAUGUGAAUGAUAACGCACCACAGUUUGCUGAACCCUCCUACAACAUAUAUGUGAUGGAAAACAACGCACCGGGUGCUUCUAUAUUUGCAGUAACUACUUCCGAUCCUGACCAGGACCAGAAUUCCUAUGUUUCUUACUCCUUUCUGGAGAAUAUUGUCCGAAACUUCCCUGUGUCCAAUUACCUCAGCAUUAAUUCUAUGAACGGCACAAUUUACGCGCUGCAAUCCUUUGACUACGAGAAAUUCAAAAACUUUCAGAUCCACGUUCAAGCCCGUGACGCUGGAGUGCCCCCGCUGAGCAGCAGCGCUACAGUGAAUGUGAUCAUCCUGGAUCAAAAUGACAACGCUCCGGUAAUUGUUUCACCUUCAGCACAGAGUGGAUCAGCAUCAGUGGACAACCUGCCCCAGUCAGCGGGUCAAGGGUACUUGGUCACCAAGAUAAUGGCAACUGAUGCAGAUUCUGGUCAGAACGCGCGACUCUCUUAUCAACUGCAGAGAUCUACUGAUCCCAGUUUAUUCAGUGUUGGUCGCAGUUCAGGUGAAGUUCGAACAGCCCGCGAUAUGUUGGAGUCUGAUUCCUCCACGCAAACUCUCGUCAUCUUGGUGAAAGACAAUGGGCAGCCGAGCCUCUCCAGCACGGUUACUAUUCUCAUUACAGUUCCGGAGAACAGCACUCAAAGAAUUCCUGGAAGUAGCAACUUUGCCGCAAAUCCUGGGUACUUCACUGAUCCAAAUCUGUAUUUAAUCGUAAUCUUCGGUUGCACUUCUGUUCUAUUUCUUAUGAUCAUCAUUCUGCUGAUUGGCAUCAAAUGCAAGCAGGUCAGAAAUAUUAACCAGGAAUAUAAUUCUCCGAGUUGUUGUUACAAACGUAGGUUGUCUCAAAAUACGUUUACUCGACGACAUGGGUUGGAGGAAACUUUACGCUAUCCCGGGACUGCCCGUAUGGUCCGCGUGCCAGAAGCACAGCAUUACUCGGUCUGUCUGUCUCCAGAAUCCAUGAAGAGAGAUUUUCUCUUUUUGAAACCAUGCGCCGUCCCCACGUCUCAAGCUCAAUACUAAGUUACAGUAAUCUGGUUACAGCAACCAUGAGCAAAUUAUUGGCUGUCAUAUUAUGUAUUCAGCCAAUAUGGAUCCUUCUCAGUGAAAUAUUAGAACCAUAGAACAAUACAGCGCAAUACAGGCCCUUCGGCCCACCAUGUUGUGCCGCCCUUCAAACCACACCUAUGACUAUCUAACCCCUUCCUCCCACAUAUCCCUCUAACUUAAAUUCCUCCAUAUGAUUAUUUAACAAUCUCUUGAACUUGUCCAAUGUACCUGCCUCCACCACCAACCCAGGCAGCCCAUUCCAUGCACCAACCACUCUCUGGGUGAAAAACCUCCCACUGACAUCACUCUUGAACUUCCCACCCAACACCUUAAAGCCAUAUCCUCUUGUUUUGAGCAUUGGUGCUCUGGGAAAGAGGUGCUGGCUGUCCACUCUAUAUUCUCUGUCCUUCUCAAUAUCUUGUAUACCUCUAUCAUGUCUCCACUCAUCCUCCUCUCCAAUGAGAACAGCCGUAGCUCCUUUAAUCUCUCCCCAUAAUCCAUACUCUCCAAUCCAGGCAGCAUCCUGGUAAAUCUCCUCUGCACCCUUUCCAAUGCCAAAUUUACUUACUGAAGUAAAUAUUCCCUUCGUGUUAUUUUAAGGCGGCUCAAUUAUUGCAAUGGUUAAAAAAUAAAAGCCCCAGUGACUGGAUUACAGGUGUGUGAAUCUGAUAGUUGUUCAAUCUGAAGGGAAUUCUCCGAGCAGUUACUGAAUGACUUUCAAAAAUCGAUUUUUGUUAUUUUAAUUGCGCAAAGGGUCUUGGCAUAAGCAUCUAGUUAUAGGUUGAAGUAUUAAUAUCUGAACACAAAUGCAAUUUAAAACAAAUUGUCAUCGCAUUAAAAGGCAUUCUCUAUGUAGUGUUGAGGAUUAAUAUUUGGCAUAAUUGAACCCAGACCUGGUUUCGGCUUCAAAAUUGUUCAGCAAAACUUGCACGUGGCUGGAUAAUUGGUAUAAGGAUGACGAUAGCGCUGUAAUGGUCAUUCUAUUGCAUUAUAUGAAGAAUUUAAUCAUGCAGUCAUUGUCAAGUGUACACAAAACAUAUAUAAUCCAAAGAGAAGGCGACCUGGUGUUGUAGAUCCAUGUGUUUGAUUAUACUCCACAAGCCUCGCUCUAUCACUCUUGACCCACUCCUAUGCAUUAGCGUUAUGCAUAAAUGCUCACAAUGUAUCUAGAUUUUCAUUAAACGUAAACAGAUUAUUAAUAUGUGUUCAAGAUCGAAGGCCGACUGAGGCAAUGAGAGUCCGACAUUGACAUAAAAGAAACCUCUGAGAUGUAUUUGCUUUCUUUAGGUUUGUUGCCAGGGAAUCUUUGGGAAUUCCCAUCUGCUUUACAACGUGAGUUUUUUUGCCCUUUAAAUUUGACAUAUAACACUCAUGCUGGCUGAAAAAUAGA